GUUUGACAGUGGCCUAAGGAGCAGUGGACAGGUGAUACCAAGAGGGUGCUGUAAAGUGGAUGGCAAGCAAACACUGGUGACUAGAAAGUGUGCCAGAAGUGACACUAAAGUCCGGAAUAGUAUGUCAAGCUGUAAACGAAGUAUGGUACACUUCUGUCUAAGAGACAAAGAAGAAAGAGUUUGCCACCAGUUGUCCGCUUAUGGAAAAUUGUGCACCCAUGAAAGUGGAAGACCCCUCCAUUCAAUGUCAGAAAAAACUGAGCCAAUAUCAAUCGCUUUAAAUGUUGCUACACAGAGGGCUCAAAAAUAUACUACUCCACGUUGAAAUCUUACUCGAACACUAGUGGCAUGAGACUGUAUAGCACCGAAGGAAGUGUUUUCCAAAAUUCUACAUUUUUGGGACAGAAAAAAAAUAUUUCUGAAACUAUAAAUAAAGUGGACGCCCCACUAAUGGACACUUAUCUGUACACUAGUGUCCAGAAUAAAGUAUCACACUGCAUACACUGCACAGUGGCGGCCUGGAAAAGUUUUCGAGUAACAAAUAUGGACUCUAUUGUUGCAUUACUUUGAUUUGCAUACGUUGCAGUAAAAUGUCAUAUGGUUUCUCCAUUAAAAAAUUAUCAUUGGAAUGAUCAAGCUUUAAUUGAAUCGUUUUAAUAAAUUUGUUAUUCAGGUCGUAGGAAAUUAAAAUUUUCCAUGGAUAACAGGGUCUUUUCGAUAAUGGAAAUUUACUUAACGCAGAUAUAGCUUUUUCCAGUCACCACUCUAAAUAGAAUGAACUGCAAUUCGAUAUCAUAUGCGCUGUUUGCAUAUACUGUGUAAUUAUUGUAUCUAUGUAUAUUAAGCUAUGCAAAAUGAUAGAAGUGCAACCAUAGCCCCAUUGCAACAAGGGAACAGCGAUCGUCCAUGUAGAGCAGGCUUUAGUGCGGGACGGUAGGUUUUGUUGGGCCGAUUACACUAUGCAACAGAUUAAUGGAAGAUUCUUAUUACCUCUGCUUUUUUGGACUAAAUAUAUAAUAUUAAAAUCAAUAACAAAAUUCCACGUGAUAUAUUAUUUAGCUUAAGGUUAAGUUUUCUGAAAUCUAUUAAAGACACAUUAUAAAAACUCUAAGGCAGACAAUUUUCACCGAUUUUAUUUCAGCCAGAAAAGACAGUGAUCUCAUCUUUAUCUAAUGAAAAAUCCAGACACUAACCUUUACCAGAACUUAUUUAUUACACUUUUGUAUGUACAUCAUCUUCGUGGGUUCAAAUGAACACCAUUAACUUUGUUGCAUAGUGCAAAAGGUUCGAGUAAAAGUAUGCCUGAACCGAGUGUAAAUUGUAGGUAUUUUCUUAUCCAAAGCCCUAGUGUAAAGUAAAAAACAAUUUUAAUGAAGAAAUAAAACUGAUAAUAUAUUUUAAACGAAAGCCUAUAAAAACCAAGCCAGACCUCAACUUUGGCCACACACCGAAGAUAUGUUGUUUCCAUCGGGUUGUCUUUUUGUGGUGUUGGCGGUGGCCGGACCCUGUCUGGUGGCAUCAGAAGGAAUAGAGUCCUACGAGAACUACUACAACGAGAUCCAUGUGGACGACGAGCAGGCCGAGGCCAAAACACGCAACGCCUUGAAGUCGGAGUUUCAGCGAUGGCCUGGCAACAAGAUCUACUACCGCAUUUCCGGGGACUACAGCGAUCAGGAGGUGGCCAAUGUCCGGACGGCCAUGUCCAGCUUCAACGAGCAGACGUGUGUGCAGUUCGAGGAGAUAAAUGGAUCUCCGCCCGCAGGUCGUCGCUAUGUGUACUUCAAAAAGUCCCCGAACAUGUGCGGAACCCGAGUGGGCUAUAAUCCAAUACCCUUUGGCUCCCACGAUGUCCAGCUUAACGAGCGCUGCCUCACCAUGCCCGCUGUGAUCCAGCACGAGACGCUCCACCUCCUUGGUCUCUUCCACGAGCAGAGUCGCCCGGAUCGCAAUGAAUACGUCCAGAUUGAAUACGACAACAUCCCUCGCAAGUACUGGUCGCAGUUCAUGGCCAUGAAUUCGACCACCACCUACAACGUGCCCUACGAUUACGAGAGCGUUAUGCAUUAUGCCAAGAAUGCCUUUGCCAAGGAUCCCACCAAGCCCACCAUUCGGGCCUUGGUUGACGGCAAGCCGGUGGAGCGCGAAUUGGGGCAGGUUCGGGGCCCAUCCGAGGGCGAUUGGACCAAGAUUCGUUUGAUGUACAAGUGUUAGACUGUCGAUAAUGGUGUUACGGAAUUGGAUUGGUAAUAAAAUUGGGUUAUCUUA